AUGCCUGAUGUGGUAAUCCCAGGAUUACAUGUAGUUUCAUUCCUUAACACAAUCCUGUCAGAGGAGUCGGAUUGGAGCAAAGACUGGCACGUGGUCUUGCAAGGCAGCUGCAAGUUGGCACUAGCUAGUAGUUGGCUAGUACUAGUAGCCAAGAGGCGUCAGAUCCACUGGCAGCAAUUCUGGGCGUAUGCAAAUAUGUGCCGUCGCCGCAUCCAUAAUACAAUGGUUCACACUGUUUACAACCCUAUCACCACUACCUUCAAGUCAGCUUGCUUACUAAUCGCACCCACACAGGAUAAAUCUACCCACGGUCCUGGUUCAGGGAGAUGGCCGGAAAUUGGCAAAUAUAUCGAUUUGAUCCGGAGAAACCCGAUCUGCACAGGGUCAAUUUUCACUGGGCAUGACGCACGUGACAGUUUUAGUAGAUACUUCACUGUCUUCACACGCCUAGUGUUCGCAACCACGUUACUGCUACCAGUGAUGGACAUGGAGUCUACCUCAUCUUCAAAAAAGCGCAAGGACCCGCUGCCGGCUGUUCAUGGACCAGAAUAUCAGAAGAAGAAGAAGAAAUUAAGUGUGCUAAAGCGCAUGAUUGAUGCAGUUGCAGCUGACCCUACAGCCUCCAGCCUCCUAAUUGCAUCAUUUACUUCGGAGGGCCAGAGGAUCUUUGUAGGUCAUAUGGCAGCCAGGAUCCUUCCCAAUCUACCACAAGAUGAUGUUGCUUUGCUCCUGCCCCAGCACGAGUCCGAUAUUUACAGCAGCCUUCUGCAAGCUUGCAGCAAUGCAGAGCAGCUCCCGCCACCGUUGAAAUCCAUUCUAGAUUCUCUGAAAACUGCAAGGAAGGAGCGGAAAAGUGCUCGAAAAUCACUCAUCCAGGCACUGAUGUACACCGGUUCGGGGAAAACACAGCGAGUGCUGCGUAUGGAAAACACCGACGUGCUUCGUGUUGUGUCGCUCCAAAAACCCUAUCCUCCUUUGAAGCACUGGAUUUACGAUAGUCCCCAGAUCGCGGAAAAAUGGGAGAAAAAACUUCAGCAGGACCCACAGCCAGACCCCCGGCUUUGCCGGCGGCCUAUGCAUCUCCUUGACCCAUCACAGCUAAAAUUCGACAUCUUACCUCAUCAAAGUUAUGUUUUGCGCACUCCAGAACCCGAUAACCGGCUGGUUGGAAUAGUUCUGAGGGACUUCUGUCCUGCUGAUGACCUUCUGGAUGCUCUGCACGAUAUCAUCCAACUGUCUGUGGGUGCCCGCAAGAGCAUUAGGAUCCAGGAAAUCUUGUGCAAAUUGGCUAUUCAGCAGGUGCCCGAAAGCGAUCUGGAUAAAAAGACAAGCUCCGCAUUUGCAUUGUUGUGGAACUUAUGCAAAAUCAUCCUCCCGAAUGAGGUGAUUGAAGACUUUGAUGCAUUCAUGAGAAGGGAGGAUAUGGUUCAUAUGGGUGCCCCGGAGGAUGCAGCUGGACAUGCUAUUGGGAUGGGCCCAGCACUUGGAUCAUACACAGUGCAUGUUGGGGAUGUUGGCUUUGAAUUCCAUGAUGUUGAGAUGGCACCUCCAUGUGGGGUUAUGGCACAAAACUAUGCUCGCUACUGA